AACAUAUCAGAAACCUCACAAAGCAAACCAUAAAUAUUUUGAAAAGCACACCAAAACCCCCCUAAUGCAAACCACAAACACGAUAAAGCAAAACACACAAAGCAUACCAAAAUCGUCCUAAUGCAGACCACAAAUAUAUUAAAACAAACCAGAACCCCGCAAAGCAAACCACAAAAGUUUUGAAAGCACACUAGAAACUUCUUAAUGCAAACCAGAAACCUCCUAAUGCAUACCACAAAUCUCCUAAAACAAACCACAAACCUCACAAAGCAAACCACAACAUUUGCGAAAGCACACCAUAAACCUCCUAAUGCAAACCACAAGCACGGUAAAAAAACCACAAAAGCAAACCAUAAACCUUCUAAUGCAAACCACAAAUAUAUUCAAACAAAUCAGAAACCUCACAAUGCAAACAACAAAUAUAUUCAAACAAAUCAGAAACCUCACAAUGCAAACCACAAAAUUUUUGAAAGCAAACUAGAAACUUUUUAAUGCAAAGAACAAAAACGAUAAAGCAAACCACAAAAGGCAUACAAAAAUAUGAGAAACCAAACCAUAAAUCUCACAAUGCAGACCAUAACAUCCAGUGGUCGUUGACCGAUCAACGAAAACCGUUUUCCAAACUCCGAUGACCGUCAGUGAGCAGAUUCCGAUGCCGAUAGGCAUAUUUUGGCCCCGAUGACUAGAUUCCAACGCCGGUAAGCAUAUUCCGGCGAUAAAAAGCAUAUUCCGGUGACCGACGACCUGUUUCCUACAACCAGUGGCCGGAUUCCGGCGACCAAAAUUUUGGGCAAAAAUAAAAAAAUUUUUUUUAUUUUUCAUUUUUUUUAUUGUUUGAACAUAUUUUUCAUAAUGACAAUUAUACCCAUGAUUUGAUUUUACACUAUGUCAACUUAGCUAAUAAAAAGUCAUCACAACCCUAGCUUCCUAUUGGUUGGAGGCUAGUGUUGUCACCCUAACAACAAAAUAUGGAUUGUUACAGUAACCGGUCCCCCCCCCCCCCCAGACUAUGAGAGUCAUGUGUAAAAUCGAUGCCUACUUCAGUGUAUUUACUAAUUCCCUGCGGACCAUGACCCCCCAGCUGCCUCCGCCCCAAAUUCAAGUACACAUAUUCGUAUGUAUUUUAUUCGUUUAAAAUUUUCGUACCGUAUUAUUGUUAAGCCGAUUCAUUUUUCUCCGCUCAUAUAAUUAAUUUUCCUGGUAUAUUUAAUAUUUAAACAACUAAUUUUCUUUAUAUUUGUGGAGACAUGUCUAAUUUUUUCUUUCUAAUUGUGUGGAAUCAGAGCCUCGUUCUACACAAGGGCGAAGAAGAAGAAGCAAUCAACUGUUUUGGUACAAGAAAAUUCGAGUUCAAACAGGGCAGCCCCUGUUUCAUAAGUUCCAGCUACUGUUUCUUGUGAAAUCGCUAUGGAAAACUCCCUUUGAGCAAAGGAGUUGGUAGAGGGCAGUGCCAUGGAACAACAUGCACGAGUUCAAGGCCAAAAGAAGCAGCCAGCAAUCGUCAUUAAACAUCGUGAGACUGACGAACAAAGAGAUCACCUCUUCCACACACGAUGCAAUAUCAAUGGCAAGUUAGCUUCGUUGGUGAUCGAUGGAGGGAGUUGCGCGAAUUUGAUCAGUGAGUAUGCCAUACGAAAUCUUGAAUUGAAAACCCAGAAGCAUCCUAAACCGUAUCAUCUCACCUGGCUCAACGAACAUGGAGACGUGAAGGUCAACAAACAAGCACAAAUCGAAUUCAACAUUGGUAAGUACCGAGAUACGGUUCUCUGUGACGUAGUUCCAAUGCAAAACGUUCAUAUUCUGUUGGGUAGACCGUGGCAAUUUGACAGAAGGGUGAUACAUGAUGGCUGGGAGAAUUCGUAUACCUUCAAACACGAAGGAAGGAAAAUCAAGUUGAAGCCUAUGUCGCCCGACGAAGUUUAUACCGAUCUCAAGACAAUGGAGGAGAACAGGAAUGAGGGAAAGAGCGUUCAAGCUCAGCUGUGGGUGAAAACUUCCUUAGGAAGGUUUUGUGAGAAAGUGAAAGGAGGAAAGAAGAAUUGGGAAAUCCUCAGCUGAUUUCGUUGCUGGGUUUCUGUAUUUAAAGGACUUCAAAGUUUACUGUUUACAUAACGGUAAAACUGACGUGGCGGCUCGCCAUUCGUCCAACUGAAACUAACUCCACUACACUAAAACGACAACGCAGUGAAUAAAAGACAAACUAAUAAAAGGAAACGUUUCUUUCUUCUCUUCUCCGAAACUCUCUUCAGCUCCAUAGUUCUUCAAUCAUAUGAACCUCCAUCUUCUGCUUUCCUUUACUGAUCUGAGCAGCCUCUUCUUCUGAAUUGAGAUCAAUCAAUCCCUUGAAUCUUGUCACGCCCCCACAAGUUGGCGCGUAUACAUUUAAUACGUCCAACUUGUCAAGCAAAUAGUUCAAUCUAAACCUGCUCAGACCCUUGGUAAACAAGUCAGCUAGUUGUUCUUCACUUCUGACAAACUUCAAGUUAAUGAGACCAGAUUUCACUCUUUCCCUAGUCACAUGGACAUAUAUCUCAACAUGUUUAGUCCUUUCGUGAUACACUGGGUUCUCUGCAAUUUGAAUUGCAGACAUGUUAUCACAAUAAACAAGUACUGGAGUCUGUACCUUAACAUCUAGCUCUACAAGCAGUCCUUUAAGCCACUGAAUUUCACAAAUCAGGUGGGCAAGUGCCCUAUACUCAGCCUCUGAAGAAGAUCUGGAUACAGUGGUCUGCUUCUUUGCCUUCCAUGUUAUCAAGGAGCUCCCUAGAAAGGUACAAUAGCCUGAAAUUGACCUUCUAGUGUCAGGGCAUGCUGCCCAAUCAGCAUCACUAUAAGCUUUUAAAACCAAAUCUGAAUUAGCCUUAAAGUGCAACCCUUGACCUGGUGCUCCCUUCAAGUAUCUGAUCACUCUAUAGGCUGCUUGAAGGUGUGUGUCUCUUGGUUCUCUUUCGUAUUGACACAAUUGCUGGACUGGAAAUGCAAUGUCAGGUCUGGUUACUGUCAAGUAAUGCAGCCUGCCUACAAGUCUUUUGUAAAUGCCUGGAUUUUCUAGUAGCUUUCCUUCUCCUGCACUCAGUUUUACUUUGCAAUCAAUAGGGCUUUUACAGCUCUUAGCAUCUAAAUAACCUGUUUCAGCAAUUAAAUCCAUGCAGUACUUUCUUUGGGAAACAGAUAUCCCACUUCUGUUUCUUGUUACUUCCAAUCCUAGGAAGUAUUUCAAACUUCCCAAAUCCUUUAUCUUGAAAUCCCUCUUCAGGAAACCUUUUACUGACUCCAAAUCACCUAGUCUAGGCCCUGUAAGGAUUAUAUCAUCCACAUAUACCAGAACAAUAACAAUUCUUCCCUGUACCCUUCUAAUGAACAUAGAAUAGUCAG